GACAUAUUCAGCAAUUCGACGUUUUCUCCUCAGCAGGUGGCUGAUAUGUGGACAUCUCACGCUCAUUCUACCUACACGCAUAGUCGACGCAAUGUUGACCGCAGCCAUGACCGGUAGCAGGCCCGAGACCGUCGACGAGCGCGAUGGAGCUACAAUGGGCCCCCAACCCGUACGCACGCCGCAGAAGUCGAGAUCACCCAAAGCGCGUUCCCUUUCAGACAGUACACCCCGUCUUGAACCUUCGCCGAAGUUCAGAGAGCCCGCUCGCAUGUCCAAAGACGACCACACUAUCAUGGCCAGCCCGAGCACGCCUCGUAGACCAGACUUCCUCUCACGAGGGCUUUCUCUACAAAUGCCCUCUCGAGAGAUGCCCAUGCCUAGCCCCGCACACUUUGCCGCACGCGUGCCCCUCUCGCCGCAACUAGAUGCUCGCAACACAUACGCCUCGCCCUCUUCGCUGCUACCCCGACGAUCGCGCGGUGCCGAGUACUCGAGGGCCUGCACAAACCUCCACCACUCGACCCUCCCCGAUCAGUCGUCGCCUGAUUCGUCGCCGACGAUUACGCAGAAGGGAAUCAAAAUCCCACCAAGGAAGCCGCGCUCGAACUCGAUGAUAAUGGACUCGCCGAAUGUGAACACCCACGGCGGGUGGAGCAAUGGCGACAGAACUGCGGCCUCGAGUUCCAUGGGCAGCAUUAAUAUGCUUGGGUCCGAUGACUCGAGCAGCUCUUCAGACGACAUCGAUCCAUUGGACCCGGAGGACAACGACGACCCUAUGAUCAUGACCCCACAAGCAAAGACCAACACCUUGUUCCCUGGACUCGGCGCUGCAACUAACAAUAUCUGGCCUGGCCUGUUCUCGCCCAACGGACAGCCCAACUUUGCAAGCAUGCACCGAGCGAGAUUGCGCAAGGGUCGGAGCCGGAAGAGCUCGAGCUCUGCUAGCGGACACAGCUCCAUGGCGAGCCCUGGUCCUGCGUCGCCGCCAAAUGGGAAGGGUGACGGCUAUUUUGCACGGGAAGCAGCGAUUCGCAAGGCAGGAUCACGGCGGGAAAGCCUGUCACUUUUCGCGAACGACCUUCACAUCUCAUCAGGUAAUGAUAGCGGAGAUGAAGCUGCUGCAUUGCCUCAAACUCCAGGCGUUGUGCGGCGCCCUGUGACGCGAAGGGGUAAUCUAUUGCCAAAAUCAAGACAGUUCGGCCGUAUCAAAGCUGAGUUAUUCGAGGAGUCAGCCCCUAUCGAUAGUGAGGUCCGUCGUGAAGCCGAGAUCAUCCGGCAAGUAAGAGAAAGUGAUGUGGACUUGGAAAGGCCCUCGGGUACGGCACACUCCUCUCCUAACCUCCUACCCAAUGAAAGUCUUCUAGAAGGAGUGCCAGAAGAAGGUAGCGAAAGCAAUAUGAGCCUUGAUGGCUCGACAGCCAAAGGCCUGUUCGGAUCAUUUGGCAGUCUCAACAAUGGCCGAAGUUCUAUCAGUCACGGCUUCUGGAAUCAACGCCAAGUCCACACUCCUCCACCCCCAACUUUUCCUCGCGCCGAGUCAUCGGCAAUAAGUGAAGAUAUGAGUAUGGACUCGCCUACCAUUGGAGCCACUGCGAUGGAGCAGAACAACAACAUGAGAUUUGUAUCCCGAGCAUCUACGCCAGGGCCGAUGUGCCCACCGACGGCGGCGGACGGGCUGAAAAAGUCCAACAAGCGUCGUCGCGAUGACGACUUUGAUGAGGCAUCGAUCAAGCGCCGUGCCGUGUCCCCUGGUGUUAGCGUGCAUAAUAGCCCUGUGGUAUCACAGUCACCUGCUCAGCGUGACGGCAGCUUAUGGGGUACGGCUACCAAAGCCGGCAGAGAGUCUAUCAGCGGGCCCUCCGCCAGCGAAAGGUCAAAUAGUGCAGGGAGCAUGAGCUUGACGCCUACUUUGGGCCCAAAAAGGGUUGGCCUGCAAGGCAUGACAGACACCAGUGACGGAUUCAUGAAGAUGAGCAUCGAGUAAGAAGGAUGUUGCAAUUUUGCUUUUCUCUUGUAUGAUAUUGUAUCUUUCUUUCCUUCAGCGCGGCGUUCACGGAUGGGUGAGGGUUUAGAAUUAUAACGGCCGAGAACUGGAGUACGCAAGCUUUUGCUUGACAUAGAUACCCCCAGUAAAGUUUUCAAUUUACAAUACAACCAUGUU